CAACAUAUCAUUGGUAUAAACAAGUCACAGUAUUACGAUUUUGUGCUACGUGUGAAAAGUGCUUGUAAUUUCUUUUAUAUUAAUUAAUUAUCAUUUGCAAAUGGAAAACGCUGACAUUAUUGAAAAUCAGGAUCAUCCGAAAAAGAACAAGACGGAAAGAUCAAAUGAUUUUCCAGAAAACCUAAAGAACCUGGAAGUGGAAAUAUUAGGUGCCGAAAACAGUGAAGUGUCUGAACCUGUAUAUCGAAUUCGUCCGCAUCUUUAUGAUAAGUUUAAGCCUUUAAGCGCAAAAGAAGUGAUACACAAUGUAUUGUUUGAUCAGCUCUCUACAAAAACAUACAAUGCUCAGGAUGCCGUCCAAUGGACCAAAGAUAUAGCAGACAUGAUUAAAGAAAAAAUUAAAGAAUUAAAAUUUAAGCGUUACAAAUAUAUCAUAAAUGUAGUCUUGGGGGAACAACACGGCGCUGGUAUAAAAAUGGGAACAAGAUGUAUUUGGGAUGCAGAGGCAGAUGCAUAUGCUUUCGACAGUUUUAUAAAUGAUACCAUAUUUUGUGUAGCUACUGUAUAUGCUAUAUAUUUUUAUUAAAAUGAGUAAAAAAUAUUA